UGUUGUUGAUGUUGGCUCGAUUUGUUUGAUAAAAUUUAGGAUAAAAAGUGUACGCUAGCUCAAAUUAAAGUACUGGAAACCAUUUGUGGGAUCGACUAGCACCCGAGCCGUGUUAAACCGAUAACCGCGUCAUUGAAAAUAGUAACGAAAACGCGCCCCCAAAUUCGUCUUGUCGGGGCUGUUUGUGUGCUUUUUAGGUUAUGAGACUGUGUUUACCGCUCACCGUAUAAAAUCCGUCACGGCCAAGGCUGGAAGAUAUGGACCAGCUGGAAAGAUCGCUACAGCUGCUCGAUGAGUCGUCCGUAAAGUCGAAGCGGGGCCUUCUCCGCUCGAAGGACCUCUUGCGACCGCUGCAGCAGCAACAGUACGAACGGUUAUCCCGCUCGGUGCUGAACGAUUCCUCGCUCGGACUUCCGCUGGACUCGGUGCAGGAUGUUAGCGGAUUCCGGUCGUUCGACGAAGCGAGCUUAAUCUCCACCAGCGUGGCUAGUCUGGCGGCUGGCAGUACGGCUGGUAAUGCGAAGGAAGUCACUAAGCGGCUGUGCGUCCAGUUUCUGGAAGUUGUGAACCAGCAAGAUCAGGAGACCAACGUGUUCGACAUCAUUGAGGAGCUGGUCGAAACGCUGGAAUUAACGUUGACGGAGAUGGACGCGAACGCUCGCCAGCUGCAAUCGGUGGGUCGUGAACGACGGCUGCAAGCGGAAGAGAUGUGGCUCCAGGCAGAGCGCGAAACGUGGAAACUCAUGUGCUGCCUGUACCGUGAUCGUACCGUCACCCAGCGGUUGGAUGCAGAGCUGGAUGAUUUACCGCUGGUGAACAGCGAGCGCACGAUCAUUGAGCAUCUGUACGCGGCCAAUGCGAACCUGCGCGAGUAUCAGCUGAUCGUCGACUGGCUGGAGCAGAUGGCGCUCCGUGAGAACAAGGUGCAAGCGGGCUGCUACACGAACCGGACCGUUGCGUGGGAAAAUACGCUUCACCAGCUGCUGGAGGUUGGCCAGACGGCCUUUGGCAGUGGACGACCGAUUGUGAAGAGUCUCGAUCCGGAUGCACCGAUACGGGAGAAGCGACCGCUGCACGAUCUCGAUGCGGAAGAUCAGGCACGGUUGGCGAGGGAAAUCUUUCUGGAGCUGCGCCAGGGACGAUUAGACAUGGCACAGAACAAAUGUGAACACUGUGGCCAGGCAUGGAAAGCGGCCAUUCUGGAGGGCUGGAAGCUACAUCAUGAUCCAAACUAUGGCUCCGAAACGGUCACCACCCUGACACGAACCGCCAUCGAAGGCAAUCCGCGGCGGGAUCUGUGGAAAAAGUUCGCCUGGAAGAUGGCCGAAAGCCGGCUGCUGGAUCCGUACACGAAGGCAGCGAUCGGAUCGCUGUGUGGUCAUCUCGAGGCGAUGCUCGAACUGCUCUCCGAGCAUACGUGGACCGAUAUGCUGUGGGCGUAUCUGAAGGUGCAAAUCGACAUCCGCGUGGAAAGCGAAAUCCGAUCGCACUGUAUCAAAAGCUACCUGCCUAUGCCGGACCGGUACUGGAGCUGGAAGAUGUCGCUCGAGCAAAUCUUCGACGAGCUCGAGGCACACCGUAACGCGCGCAUUAGUCUGACGGCAAAGGACGUCGAUAAGGUGAUCCAGAAGUACCUCAUCCUGGAUGACAUUCCGCAGUUGAUGCGUAUCGUCGAUGGUUGGAUCGGGGGAACGGCGGACGUGGUCCUUUCACCGCCGAUGCUACGCUUUCUGGCUCACUUUGUGAUCUUCACACGCCAGAUAGGGAAACCGUUUCAGGAGGAGAUCGGCGAUCGGGUGAUCAAACGCUACGUUGAGUAUCUUAUCGGUCUCGGUGAUCCGGCGCUGGUUGCGUUCUACACGUCCUCACUUCCGACCGACAUGCAGCUGCUGCUGUAUUCGAAUUUCCUGGAAACGAUCACCGAAAAGACCGACCGGAAGCGUGCGCUCGAGGAAGCGAAUGGUUUUGGGCUCGAUGUGCCAACGAUCACGGUCUACACGGUGGAAAAGUGUCGCGCGCUGGAACCGGAAGAUGCACCGGAACCGAUGGUAGCGGCUGGCGAGUUGAGCGCACUGGACACACAAAAGAUAUCCGCCCUGGAGUGGUUGACGUUCUAUCCGGAGCAGCGCGGUGAGCUACUGUGGCAAGCGAAUGCGCUGAUGCGGUACUUCCUGGCCAAGCGGUCAAUUGAAGCGGCCCGUAAAACCUUUGCCGUCGUUCCGGCGGACACCAUGGAGCAGAUUUUCACGCACUACGGCUCGAAGGAUGACAUUCCGUGGAGGGAGGAGGUCAGCAUCCGGGAGUAUCUGUGCCACCAGACGUAUCUAUCUGCGCUCGAUGCCUACAAGGAUUGGUCCGUGCUGUUCUACAAUCAGCGACCGAAGCCACCGCCAGCGAUGAAAGUGUCCAACUUUACCGAACGCGUCACAUCCGAGCACCGGGAGCAGACGUUCCGGAACGAGCUCAGCAUCUGGGAGCACCGGUUGAACGAGGCUACGAACCGUACGCACGAUCUGCUGUACAACAUCCUGCUGUUCCCCGAGGCCGGUUGGCUCGUCGAUGCUGACCCGAAACCUGAGGCCGGCUCGUUCGACCAGGAAGAGGACUGGCAGCAUCGGGCGGUACAGAUGGAAAGCCUGCGGAAGCUGUGCAUCCCGGAGGUGGUGCUGCUGCUCCAUCAGCUGCACACGCUCACCGAACGGCACAGCGACAAUCUGGUGUUGGCCGACGUGCUCUGCUCGGAAUCCCGCAAACUGUACAGCGUGUUCGCGAAGCACAAGCUGGCGGAAACGCUCACCAAGAUCGCCGAAUCGUCCCUCGCGCUGAUGAACGCUCGUAGCGAUCCGUUCGUGGGAGAUGCGGUCAAGAAGUAGACCGCGGCACGGCCGAUCGCUUCUGCUCCAUCAUUGCCCCCAUAUCUUUGUGUAUGUAGUUAGUGUGUCUUUUGCUUUUUCACAAUUUACCGUAAAUAAAACUCAACAUCAUUAUUAUUAACAGAAG